GGCGGGGCGGCUGGGGGGGCGGGGAGUGGGAGGUGCCGGCCAUGCUGUGGGUGCGCAGCCUCUGUCACGCAUCGCUUUCCGUAGGGUUGUGUGGGGAUUCGCGGCGGCUCUGCGUGCUUGCCGCCCCGCCGCCAUGGACUACCGGGCGGUGGCGAUGAGCCAGGCCGUCCCGGGGCAGUUUGACGAUGCCGAGUGCUCCGACGGUGAACUUACUCAGGACACAGAAACAGCUGAAGAAGGUGAAGUAUCUGAGAAUUGCCAGUCAUGCUUGUGUGAAGAGGUUAAUACUGAGGAAGGAAAUGAUCAUGAUGAUGAUGAAGAGGAAGAUGAGGAUGAAGACUGGGACUGGGAUGAUGACAUGGGAAGAUUCCGGAAGCACCACAAUGCUGCUGCUGGAUGCAAUCCACAGGCAAAUAGACAGACCCCUAGUUGCAAUUCAGCAAAAAUGUCUACCCCUACAGACAAGGCUUUAAGGAAAUUUGAACAUAAAAUUAAUUUAGAUAAGCUGAAUUUUGAUGACUCCGUUAUAAACCGAAUCACAGAAAAGUCUAGACAAAAGGAAGCAGACCUGUAUCGAGUCAAGGAUAAGUCAGACAGAGCAACAGUAGAACAGGUACUGGAUCCAAGGACUCGAAUGAUUCUGUUCAAGAUGCUAACUAGAGGUGUCAUAUCAGAAAUUAAUGGCUGCAUCAGCACAGGGAAAGAAGCUAAUGUAUAUCAUGCCAGUACUGCAAAUGGAGAAAACAGAGCAAUAAAGAUUUACAAAACCUCUAUUCUGAUGUUUAAAGAUCGGGAUAAGUACGUGAGUGGUGAAUUCAGAUUUCGUCAUGGAUAUUGCAAAGGCAACCCAAGAAAAAUGGUGAAGACAUGGGCUGAAAAAGAAAUGAGGAAUUUAAUAAGGUUGAAUACAGCCCAGAUACCUUGCCCAGAGCCAGUUAUGCUAAGAAGUCACGUGCUUGUCAUGGGCUUUAUUGGUAAAGGUGAUAUGCCUGCUCCUCUGCUGAAGAAUGCUCAGUUAUCUGACUCAAAAGUCCGGGAGCUGUACCUGCAAAUCAUCCAGUACAUGAGAAGAAUGUAUCAAGAUGCCAGACUUAUUCAUGCAGAUCUCAGUGAAUUUAAUAUGCUGUACCACAGCGGGGAAGUAUACAUCAUCGAUGUGUCUCAGGCGGUGGAACAUGACCACCCACAUGCACUGGAGUUCCUGCGAAAGGAUUGUGCCAAUGUUAACGAUUUUUUCCAGAAGCGCAGUGUUGCAGUGAUGACUGUGAGGGAGCUGUUUGAGUUUAUUACUGAUCCUUCUAUUACAAGUGAGAACCUGGAUGAUUACCUCUCUAAGGCAAUGGAAAUAGCAUCCAAAAGAACAGAGGAGGAAAGAUCCAGUCAAGAUAAAGUGGAUGAGGAAGUGUUUAAGAAGGCUUACAUACCUCGAACUUUGACUGAAGUUAAAAAUUAUGAGAGAGAUGUGGAUAUAAUGAUGAAAUUGAAGGAGGAGGACAUGGCAUUGAAUGUUCAGCAGGAUAAUAUUCUGUAUCAGACUGUGACAGGAUUGAAGAAGGAUUUGUCUGGUGUUCAGAAGAUCCCUGCACUUCUUGAAAAAAAGGUGGAAGAAUCAGAAGUAGGCUCUGAUGAUGAUGAUGAUGGCAGUUCAGAGGACUCUGAUUCAGGCUGUAAAGAAUCCCUACAUCCUAAAGACAAACCUGCUGAAGUUGGCACAGAUAAAAAGGAAAGGAAAAAGAUGGUUAAAGAAGCCCAAAGAGAGAAGAGAAAAACCAAAAUCCCAAAACAUGUGAAGAAGCGGAAAGAGAAGACUGCAAAAAUGAAGAAAGGCAAAUAAAAUUGGCUUUGGCUUGGGGGAAGGGGUUGGUUGUUGUAAGUUACUUAACCAUCAAUUUUUUUUGUUUUUUUUAUUAAAAAUCCUCUAUUUAUAUACAUACAGUACUAACUGUGAGGGUGGUUUCAUUAACGAGGUGGUGUAAUUGUUUGGACAGCAUAUUCCUUUUUUUCUUUUUUGAUAGGAAAGAAUGAUUUUAACACAUUUGGGUAUAUUAAAAUCCUUUAUAUAUGCAGCUUUAAACUGCUAUUAAACUUGCAUCGAUUUGUUCCUGGA